UGGCACUUACAAAAAAUGUCCAAGAACACAAAGACAUCAACUCCACACAGUUGAUAAGGACUGUAAGUUGGAACACCUCAAGACACAGGUCAUAGAUAUUCAUCCAGCUUUUACUCAAUUGAGUGGUAUAAUUUUUACAAUUUAUGAACAGAUAGAAGACUGGCCUUAUGUUGUUGAUGCACUAAUACAAUAUGCUAUUAAUUGUGCCGACGUCUUGCCUGUCACACAGACCAUGGGUGUUCCUGAAACAACAUCGUCUAUAUCAUUGGAGCAGAUAUCAAAUCACAGCCAAUCUUUAGAACAAACCAACGACGUUAGUGAUGACGUAUCCAGAGACAAGGAUGAUGAUGUUAGUCGGAGCGGUGAAUCUUGUUUUCAAGAUAGUGGAGACUACCAGUGGUGUGUGGACGACGAAUGUAACAGAGAACUGAAUAUAAGUCUAAGUAUCGAUCCGCACAGUAUCAACUCACUCUCACCUGACCAAGACAGCCUACAUUAUGAUGAUAUUUCUAAAACUCUGGACGCUAGUUUGGCAGAAAUAGACAUGGAGACGUUUCGGUCGGAAGAUAUCAACUCCCUUUUGGCGCUUCCCGGAGUAUACAGCAUCGGGAGCGAGAUUGAGGGUUGUUCUCUGGGAGAAAAUUGUGCGUCGCUGUCAGCUUCACUUCUGAAAGACUUUGAACUGGAACGUUCAGUCAGCGCUCAUAACUUAUCAGAAGAUGAGUCUGCUGAAGGAUCUAUUUGUAAAGAUGAGCCACUUUUUUCACCCACAAAAGAGCCUUUGAACGUGAACAGCAUUUCGGUGGAUAGUUUAGAUUGUACUUCAUUUGACGAACAUAAUAUUGCUGUUACAUGUCUAGCCAAGAAAAGUAAUUACACUAUUGCAUUUGAAGGGAGUGGAACACAGUUGUCAGAAAACAUAGACCCUGUAGAGACAAAACAAAAUAAGGAAGACAUUCCAAGACCAGCAGUGAUACCCGAGUAUCCCCCGGAUCAGAAAGUGUAUUACAACUCUCUGGUACAAUCUGAUGUAUCAUACACAAGUUGGAGAAACUUGAAAAAUAUUAAGCCAGCUACUCGACCAGCAUUACCUACCAAAUAUCAACACUUCAGAAGCAAGAGUCUUCCCAAUCUGCUUAAAAAAUCUUUAGAAUUGGCAGAGAAACAUUCUUGCGAACGUGAAUUGAAGAUAAAUCCAGUAAAAUAUAUACCUAUAUACGAGCUUCACAAUAGCUAUUCGGGUUCUCUUCAAGGUAUUAAAGAGAAAGAAAACAAAAAUUCUGUUCCUUUAUUUAAACUUUUUAUUAAAAACAAAUCUUCAUUAGCAUCAGACAAGUUAUCUCUCUCUGAAUCAAGCAGUCGGUCUGGAUCUUUAGAAAAUAUAGUACCAUAUCAUCUCAUUUACUCCAACGAAACUAUUCUUAAGACGGAAACAAAUGGACGCAAAGAUAAAACAGACGUUUCUUUUAAAAGACAUAAACUUGAAAGGAACUGCGAUAAUUAUAAAGAUAAUUUCAUCAGCUCAUCAAAUCCUUUAGAGUGCAAUAAUGAAAAGGAACUUCAAGUCGCACUCUUCAAGCAAAGACAGGCAGCAAAACCAGGAAAACACAUUUUGAAUACACAUGCAAUUGAACUGAAUAAUAAUUUGAUUCAAACAAACGUUAACAACAAGAAUCCUAUGAUUAAUGUGAAUACAACUGUCAUUAAUCACAAAGAGACCUCAUCAGAAAGUAACGAAAGCAGCUCUCAGGGUUUUGAGGACAGUCUGGUAGAGGGACUUUUAACACAACCUACUCAUACACAUUCCUCCACUAUUAGAGAAGAAGAGGAACUGUUAGACACCGAUUCAUUUAGUGGAGAUGAAACAAUGAGAGAUAGCAAGGAUCCUUUUGGCAGUGAUGGCAGUAUGUCGGAGGAGACUUCUGUACCCAAAAACAAUGUCAAUGAAAAUAAAUAUGUUAUACCAAAACCUGUGGACGAGAGUAAGACAGUUCAGAGAAUUAAAAAUAUUCUUCGUGUAGAGAAUACAUCUGUAAACAAUAUCUGUGUCACAAAUGAUGGUAAUAAACAAUCAGAGAUAAGCACUGAGAUGAAUCUCGAAAGCAAUUCCCAGGGAACUCAGACAAAGACCGUAAAUGGCAAGAUAAACAUCUCUGCAUGUUCGUGUAGAGACAAGAAUUCAUCUCAGCCUUUUUCAAGUUUAGAGGAGGUACUAAACAAUAAUAGACAAAGUCGUAAAUCAAGAGAAACUAGCCCUGCUUCUAGUGGCUAUGGCGGGAGUAGGCAAAAUUCAAUGGAAAGAUUGCGUCACAGUUCUCAAACGUUCAUCAAUAACAGCAACUCUUCUUCUUCUGCUGUUUUGAAAAACAACAAAAAUGUGACCAUUGCCAAAACUAGAAGCAUUGCUACACAAAUUCCAAUACACAUAAGAGAUCAAGCCAUACAGACUUCGUUAGUAACUAAUAGUAGCCAUGUUGGAAGCUUUAGUAUUCACGAAGGAUACACGGACUCUUCAGAGUAUAAAACUAGUGCAUAUAUCUCUCCAUCUAUGUCUUCUGAUAACUCAAAAUUUUCGAGCCCUUCAAGUGGCACAAACGCGCAGACGAAACCUGUAUUUGUUUGUUAUCCAAGUUAUUCAUUGCCAGAUCUAAGUUUUUUGAAGACCCUUGGUAAUAGACCAAAAGAAAACGAUUUAGUCAAGUCUAGAACAACUGAUAUAUUUUCAACAACUUGUACCAGUGCCAUUAUGAAUCAAAAGAACAUUGAAAAGAAAACAAUUUCUAGUCCUGGAAGCAAUGAAACACUUUCAGAGAACGGUUUUAGUCAUAUUAAAGAUUGGGAUUCAUUAAGUAUUUUGCUUCCCAAUGGAUUGAAGUCUGUUCUUCCAAACUAUUACCAGAGAACUGACAAUGAUCUAGAUCACAGAUGUCUAGAUGAAAAUGGAUUUCAUUGCAGUUGUUCUGGUAUAAUUAAUAGAUGUUGUACAGAAUACGUAGGAAAUCAAACUCACAAAAAUAGAGAGCUAUCCUGUUCUGGUGAAAGCUUCUCUACAACAUCAAGCUCACGAGGUAGUGAACAUCCGCAUUCUGACAUCUUAGGUAUGCAAAACAAAGGUGUAGGGAUUCUUCCACCUUUACCUAAACGCUCUCUUUCCUUAAUGUUCGAAAAAACUCAUUUUGAAAAAGGCCAAUAUGAUAAUAAUCAUUCUCGACGAGGCAUUUUAAGGAAGUCAUCGUCAGCAGGUCAUUGUAACAAACAAAGGAUUCAUGAUAAACGUGAUGUGACGUGUCGUGGAGUAUCUUGCCAGUUAGAUUUAAAAAGAUGUAGCCAACUUGAUCAGUACACACAGUCCUUAGAAAACAUCCCAGAAAAACUCCCUCAACCUGAAAAUGAAGCUAAGUAUGCUAAAAUGACCAAAUCCCCGUUACAAUACAUUGGUAACCAGUCCUUGAUAGAAACCUUACCAGACCAUAUUAAAUACAACUCUGGUGUUACUAAUAAUACGAGAGAAACCUGUGCACCAGAAAAUAAUCGAAUUUUGCUUAAUCCUGUUAAGAAAACCCUCUCUGAUGGACACUGUCCAAGAGGCCAGGUUUUUGAAACCCACUUUCCACAACUAUCUCAACAUAACACUCAGACUACAUCCUACAUUUGUAAAAACAGCACGAAUGCUGAACAAAAUGACAAGUGGGGAAGUCAGUGUUGCUCUUGUAGCCUUAACUCUCUAACAUCCCCAAUCCAUCAGCUCUGUGACCAACUUCAACAACUACUUAACUCCAGCACAAGUCUAAACCUGAUGGCGGCAGCUUUGUUAUCUACAAAAGGUUCAUCAGACGCAGUGAAUUGUUGCAGUUUUUCUUCGCAAUCCAGCUGUUUUCGCGGGAAAAAGUCCGUCACUUUUGAUGACGAUAGUAUAACGAAAGAAAACAACAUUACUUCUACUACCCAGGAGAGUCCGAAAGAUGAAGUGAACAGUGAGGAUGAUUCCGACAGUCCGCCUCAAGAGUUUGUUGUAUCACCACAGCAAGGGUCGCCUUCAAUGUUCGCACAACCUAUAAUUUCCUCCGACAUGAAUAAUUUUCCAAAGCCAACUGACGUUCUUGAUUUAUAUAUGAAUCAUAAAACGGGUUUAUUGAAGAAUAUAACUAUGGCUGUAGAACAAAUCAUGAACAAUCAGAAGGAAGAUGAAAGUCAAAGGGAAAAGGUUCUGAAAUAUCUGUGUCCAGCUCUCUACAAUGUGUUAGCAAACGGCCUACUCCCUUCUGAUGUUGGGCCAGAUUCUCCACCUAACUCUCCAUGGAAUGUGGCAGAAGCAUCUUCACGAUUUGGGCAUUCAACUAAAGAACUUGAAGAUCUAGUCAAUUACAUUGCUGGAAAGGACUGCUUAACUGGACAUACCUGUAGAUUCUAUAUCUUCAUUCUCGGUCUAUUGAACCUUGGAAUCAUUGACUGGUGGUUUCUUCAUUUGACAUCAUGUGAGCCUUUGAUUCGCCAGCAUUACCAAUCUGAUGCGUUACUUAGUCUACUGGCUUCUCCGUUAGCUACCAAACUGUGUGAGGGGCUUUUGAUUAAACUUAGAACUCUUUCCUCGUUACAAUUUGCUUUAGACAUGACUGUUACUAGCAGUGAAAUGGAAAAUAUUGCUAAAGAUUCUCUAGUAUCAACACCACUUGCGGAACAGGAACCUUUAAAACCAGCCAAGAAACCUAAUGUAGUUCAAAAGCCUCAGUUUGAAUCUACAGCUUGUGAGUUUGAUUUGGAUGAAGAAGCAAUAGCUUCACCUUUGAGAAGAUCUAAGAAAACUACUCAGCUCAUACACUUUAUUGCGGAUGAACCUUCAACGACUUAUUUUGAUGAUAAACGUUUAAAUUUAUCUCCUAUGAAGAAAAAUAGCUUGAACUGCAAUGUUGUUAAAAAAGAGAAUAAAAAUCAUAAUAAAAGUGCACUAGAAGCAGUAAUAGACGUAGCACCACCACAGCAGAGGGAGUCUAACAUUGAUAAAUGUUAUGAGGUAAGACCACCAGAAACACUAGAUAUGGAUCCUGCGAAAGAUGUACUUCAAAGAGCAGUUGAUUUAGCUUUUCCAACGACUCCGAUACGCGAAAGGGAAGCUGAUGAAUUGCGUUAUUUAGCAAUGGGUAAAAUUUCUAACAACAAAAUUCAAGAUACUGACAUAUGUUUUAGGAAAGCAAGCACAGAGAGUUUAUCGGGAAACCAUACUGAGUGUUGUAAAACUGAAUCACAAAAUAAACAGAAUGAUCAAUUGGGGAACUGUUUUGAAGAUUUGAAACGGAAAUGGGAGCAGUUGACAUCUUUACCUAGCAACGAUGGCAAACAACAGACUACAACAAUCACAACAACCAUAUCCAAGCGGCCUCCUCUACCCUUGCAGUCAAGAUCCGACAAGGACUCUGAGAAAUCGGGAAAUCCUGGAAGUUCACGAGUAUUGCGACAAGCAACAGCAACUAGAAAAGUGAAAAAAUCUCUUCCGGCUUCUUCCAAUUUUCAAGAAAUUUCUUCUAAUCAACAACCAUCACAAAACAACACAAAUUCUUCCAAACAGUUUGCUUCUAGAGGAAACAAGGAACCUGUUGUAGGAUCAGCUGUAAGGAAAACACUUACUAGUACAACAAGUGGGCCACCAAAUCCUACAGUUAAACAAGUGACUACAUCAAACGAAUUCUCAAAUAACUCUAUCAAACAAAAGGGAGUUUCUUCUGCACCGAGUUCUCCAAUUAGGAAAUAUAACCCCAGAAGAACUUCUGAUAAUUUAAGUUCAGGCAUUUCCAACUCACCUACCUCCACCAGGCAAUCUACUGUUAAAGGAGGAUCAGAAUCCAGAAGGCCCAGAAGCUAUCCAUCUCAAAAAUCACUUAUUCCAACACAGAAAGGCAAUCGAAUGUCUUCUGGACAACAGAAAAGAACAACACAACAUUUUCCAGUUAGUUCUUUCCGAUCUUAAAACAAAGAUAUGUGAUAUGAUCCGGAAAUAUGUCUCUAAGAGAAGAACUUACCAACUACCAAAGGACAUCAAUGGUAUAAAAUAUUAAAAAAUAACCAUAAAAGCCUACCUGGUAUACCAGAGCUAGGAAAGUGAGCUAGAUAUUUACAAUGCUUCUGUACGUGUAUCAUUGACAAAACUAAUUAAUAUGUGUAAUUAUCGUUUGUAUUAUUGACCUCAGUAUCACUUAAACUUGUCUAAACUGUGUGUGAGAUAUUUAAGCAUGAUUGGCAUCAUUAUCAAAUGUGUGCCAUUUCUAAUUCACAUGUUGUGUCAUAUAGGUGUACUAAGCGUACUAGUGGAAUUAGUAAAUUCUUUAGAAUAGAUUUAGGUAGAACAAACUCCAAGAUUUAGGUGGAAUGAUUUGUCUAUGCAGCUUGAAAUCUAUGUACUAAAACAGGGCACUGCAAAACUUUGAAAUCGUUUGAGUCAACUAGCCCGACAGGUUGAUGCAGUACCGUUUUCUAAAUCUUACUCACAAGCUUAGUUUUACAUCUACAAACAUAUACAUAUAUGUAUACACUUCCUUCUAUGAAUUAUUCAGUAUUCACUUCAAUCUUACUUCAGCUAGACAUUUAAAAGACGUGUAUUUGAUGAAGGAUUAAGAUACUUGUAUUAUUGUGAAAACCGCAUAAGUGAUAUUAUUUUAGUCUAUAGAUAUUUCACUGUUUUUCAUUAAUAUCACAAAUAUUACAAUAAAAUAUAAAUUAUUUUUGUUCGUAAGCUUCUGUAUUUCAAAGAACAGUUAGUACAUGUGAUUUAAUAACAAUUAGUAUAUUUAAGGGGACAACUCCAGAGUUUUAAAUAUUGUUAUACUUUACUAAAUUGUAGAACAUAUAAAAUUACUUAAUUUAUAGAAUAUAAAAUAGUAAUAUUUUACAAAAUGACAGUGUCUCAGCAUAGGUUACGUUUUGUGUCUGAAUUUUUCUUAUUUCAAGAAAUCUCUAAAUGGUAAUAUUAUAUAUUAAUAUUACCUUUAAAUUUCAAAACUUAGCGUUUAUACAUGAUUUCAUUAUAUUUGCUCUUCACUUUCAACUGAAUACAUAUGUUGUUAUAAUCUAGAAGAAACCUUCAUUACAAAUCAGUUUUUUUACACUCACCGAGAUCUUACACAUUUGUAUAUGUUCUGUGCCUUUAAAUGUUUCGAGAUUUGGUAUUUGUUUUCAAAUUUGUAAUACCCAUGCUUAUAAACAGGAGAACAAAAUAAUAACAUUCAAAGAAAAAAAAUGCUAAAAGCUACAAAUUCUUUAAAAUAUAAGAACUGGAUGAUAAGAGUGUGAGUAGAAUUACAAGAAGUUCUUAAAGUGGAAUUUCAACAAAACUGUGUUUGUUAAUUACUUAAAUCGUCAAAUAUGUUUAAAACAUAUUGUACUUAACCGGAUAGGGAACAAUAGACAUGACUUUUAGAAAGGAGGUUAAUUAAUGUGUUAUUAACAACCAUUAGGAAAUUUAUUAAAUUCUUUGAUUGUUAUAUUAUUGAACACAAGUGUGUACCAAUAGCUACUACCAUUCUUGGUAAUCUUGUUAAUUGUAAAUUAUUCUAUUUUUCGAAAUUAUUUUUCCUUCGAAGUUUGUGUUUCGAAGUAACGUGUAUUAGGAUCUUCUCAUACGUUACAUACGUAUUUGCGUUCCUGUAACAAUUUCAUAAUUUUAGUAUUUUAACUAGUAUUAUAUAUUUUGCAAAACGAACGAAGAUAAAUGACAACACUUAUUUGUGUUACAGAAAUCGGAUUGAUUUCCAAAAUUAUAUCGUUCCCCAACCAAAGCCUUAAGCUUUUCGAGAUUUCAAACUAUAAACCGAAGAAAAUUCAUAGAUUAACAUGCUAUUGUUUAUAAAACAUUCUGAUCCAAUUGUUGAGAAAUGAAAGACUAUUGAGUAGUAUGCUGUAUAAUACGCAUCUGCAGAAUGUAGCAGAUGAGUCAUAUUAAAAUAAUCUAUGCCAUAGCAGUUUUUGAUCAAAAUUAAUUUCCUACUAUCUAGUAAGAAACCAAUUUUAGUGUUUGGAAAUACCCUACAAUACAAUGAACAACACGAGAUGUGUUUAUUCAAGGUUGAUGGAGGUAAGUAAAAAAGAAAAGAAGACAAAUUUAGAUAUGCAAAUAUAAUGUUAGAUCUUCAUUACCAUGAAACAUGUACUUCAGGUGCCUCGAAACAUGUAGUUACAUAAAAUUUUUGAUAUCCAGUUAUUUAUCUUCUAUAAAAAAAGUAGAUAAAUUUAAAAUAAGCAAUUUCAAUGUUAGGUCUUCACUAGCAUGAAGCAUAUUUUUUAGGUGCCUCGAAACAUGUAAUGAUAUUAAAUUUUUGAUAUCCAGUUGCUUAUGUUGUGCUGCCUAUUACGUAUACAACUGCUUAAUUUUUCAAGACAACGUUGUUUAUCAUUUUACAGUGAAAAGGGGUUUCAUAGAGAAUACUGCAGACUGCAUAUUUUAUCAGAUAUCUAACUUACUUGCUAUAUAUAUAUAUCAGUAUUUGCAUACUGUUUGGUUAUAUGACCAUUGCUAUUAGGUAAGUAUUUUUACUUUAAAAAACGAAAAAUUGCUUAUGUUUAAUCAGUAAAGUGCACCGAGUAGUUUUAAUGAAGUAUUUUUUACAAUUAAAAAUAUAUUUACUGCAAAUUACCAGUGCUUGCUUAUUUACUUGUGGCUCUUUGAAAUGUGGAACUAACUCUGUCCACUACGAGUAAACAUAACAAAAUAUAAAUUAUAAAAGCGUUUACUGUAGGAAAUUAAGUAAAUCACUUAAUUAUAAAAACACAUAAGAGAAAUAUCGUGAGUUCCAAAGAUGCUAGUUUGAGCAAAAGUUUAUCGUCUUUCAUUAUCUUUUUGUGUAUAUUUUGUGUUAUAUUUUACAUACCCCAUUGCUAAAACAUAGGAAGAACAGUCACUUGUAAUCUUACAGUUUGAUAUCAUUGAAUUCAGAAGUAAUUAAAUCUUUGAAACUAAAUAUUUUUAGCUCAUUUUUCUAAUUAGCCCACCAUUAAUUGGAGUAUAUUCAAUAUGUAAAUUAAAAAUAGUACACAUUAAAUAUAGCGGUAUUUAUCUGGAAAUUUCGUUAUUUUUAAUUAAAAAGAAGCUCAUCAUUCUAGUCAGCAUACCCAGCCACAAGUUUAAAAGCUCCACUUAUUCCAGGAACUCCCCUGGUGAGACAGCGGUAAGCCUACAAACUUACAAAUUAAAAUCCGGGGUUCGAUUCCCUGCAGUGGCUACAUCGCUAUUUCCUAGAUUAAAAUAAUUAACACUUACUUAAGGAAAAACAACACAUAAACAAUAUUAUCUACAAAGUAUAUCGGUGUUGUGUUACUUAAAAAAAUAAGUGAGUUUGGGGUUGGUAAUAUUACUUAUUGGUUUAUGGUAAGUUCAAAUGCUUUCAAUUGAAGUUAUUUUUAUAUGGUUAUUCAUUGUAUUUGUCUUUAUUUGUCUAAACCUGGUACCACUACGUAUUAACACAGAUAGAAGUAUUGUUGCAUUUUCGAACAUAUCUAUUUUACAGUAUUAUUGAGGAUAACAUUGUAAAAUGAGUUAUUGUCGAACUACGCGGUUAGUUGUUUCAAUCAGCCUGAUACAUAUCUUUUUCAGUUUAUGUUUUUACUUGUCAGCCAAGCUAACAAAGUUGUAAUUCCCAUAGUAACAUAAAAUAUUUAUUUCUGGAAUUCGUUGUUUUUUUUUUUUCUAAUCGUGAAAAUACAUUUAUUAAAACAAGCCACCAAUGCUCAAUUUGUCAGACAUAUGACGUUUUUAGGUGUGUUUUUUUUAAUGAAAAAUUAAGUUUUUUAAUUUAAAAAUCGUUAAAAGUGACAAUUAAUUCUUUAACUAUUUUGUUUCAAUUUUAAAUUUCAAAAAUCCAAAUGCAAUUUACCGCUUUAAAUUUUACCUGAUAAACAGUUUUCUUGGUUCCCGUAUUUUAUAAUGAGAGUUUCUAGCCCAGAAACCUGUUUAUUCUACAAGAGUAGACCAAAGGUAAAGGUUUUAAAAUACCACUUUCCAUGAUAAGUUAAUGCAAACAGUACUAUAACACACGUAAUCAUCGUGAUUCUAGCAUGACUUGCUUUCAAUCUUUUUUUUACAGUUUUUUCUUGUGAACUUUGAAUCUAUCAGUGUUACAUAUUUGUAGAACCAAAAGGAGAACUGAUAAAUAAUUCCCGUGUUACAUAUUUAUAUAGCUAAAAUAAGAACUGAUAAAUAAUUCCCGUGUUACAUAUUUAUAGAGCUAAAGAAAGGAGAACUGAUAAAUAAUUCCCGUGUUACAUAUUUAUAGAGCUAAAGAAAGGAGAACUGAUAAAUAAUUCCCGUGUUACAUAUUUAUAGAGCUAAAGAAAGGAGAACUGAUAAAUAAUUCCCGUGUUACAUAUUUAUAGAGCUAAAGAAAGGAGAACUGAUAAAUGAUUCCUGUGUUACAUUUUUAUAGAGCUAAAAAAGGAGAACUGAUAAAUAAUUCUAGCUUGUUUCGUGGAUUGCAAAUUGGUAUAAUUUUAACUUUUUGAAAAUAUUAAAGCAACAGCAAUUUUGUUCUAUAUAUUGCUUUUAUUUGGUUUCAAUUGUGAUAAGUCUUCUGAGAUGUUUAUAAAAAUCAUUUUUAACCCAUGUAUAAGGGAGGAAAAAUUUAAACAUGUCUUCAUGUGUAAGUUGUAUUUCCUUGUCGUUUUUGUGCCUAAUAUUUCGUGUGCCAAACGAUCAGAGAGCAUUUUUUAAUUUCGUGUAAUUGCUCUAAGAAAUAUUUAUAGUAGAGGCAAGAUUACUUAAAAUCAUAUGUAAUGUUUCAAAAUUAUAUAUUGUCACCGAGAUCAGUUAGGAAAACAUAUAAAUAUAUGUAUUAUAUAUAUAUUAAACACCUAGAAAAUAAUAGUAUAUGUCACAGUUUUUCAUAUUGACGUUAGAUUAAUUUAUACUGAUUAAUGAUGUAUUUCAAGAAAAAUGAAAAGUUGUGAGAAACACAGUUAAAAUAUAUUGAGAUUGCGUAUUCAUACUUAUGUAUUUGGAAAUAUAAAUAAAUAAUUAGAAACUAAAGUUGAUAUGGAAAUAAACAUAAACUAAAACGCAAUAAAUAGUAAACAUAAUAUUAUGUGUUCUAACUAAGAGAAAUUUUACUCUUCAUAUUACUAAUUAUAUAAAAGUACUUUUGGGUAUAAUCAACAUAAUACACGUUUCUAUAAUUUUGAAUUUUACAAUAAACGCUACAUAUAAGUCAAUCAAUGACAUGCACAAAUCUGAGUUUGUAAUACCUUUUAAUUUUCGUUCAUUAUUCAUUUCAACUGUCUAAGUCAACAUAAUGUUAAACAAAUUGUGCCUUAGUUUUGUAUGAACAGAUAAUUCACGUAAGCGCAUUAAGUUUUGAAUUAGCCUAUUGUAUCCAGAGCCUUAAAACAUGAAUCUCAUCGUGUUUGUGUCUUAACUCAAGUUCAGAAUACAAUAAUACAUGUUUUGGAUUAAUUGAACUAGUUUAUACAUAAAAUAAUCACCCGAAAAUUGUUUUAUAUAUAUUUUUCUCUA